AUGGCUCAUACACUACCAGAAUACGUCAAUUAUGUCAAUUCUCCCAAUGUUUCGCCCUUUUUCAAACUGAAAAAAUAGAAAAAUUGCAGGUAUCUCAACUACUUUCCAACUUGAGCGUCUAUGUGGGUCUACCUGUCAACCUCGGAAUGUUCUGGGUCAUUCCUGACACUCUACUUUCUGAGGUUCUUCAUAAAAAAGAAGAUUUGUUUUAAGUUCCAUCUAGAGGGUUCACUUCAUGGACGUUCUACUCAAAAACGUUUCUUGGUACUCCGAAGACUUCUACCAGAGAAUGCAGGUUAUCAAUCAUCACAUGAACUAUUUUGACAGCGGCAUCUACCGUAAGAAAACUCUGAAAUAAGGAAAAAGUUAUUCUAAAUUACAGAAAAGCCAUCGAUAGUGAAUGGAAUCGACGUGAGUUUCGAAAUUCUGAAGCUCCGAGUUGGGCCAGUGAUGAAGGAAGUGUACGAAAGGAUGCUGGCCAAAGUCAACUGUCUCAAGGAUCCCAAAAACUGCGAUCCCUACUAUCAGAACCUUCUCUACUACGUUUAUUCUGCGGUAAAGUCAUAUUUAUUACGAAAUAUCCUCGAAAAAACAAGAUUCAGCUCUGAAACUCAGAGAUUACGAAAUAACUCAAAGUUGUCAACAAGAAGUUUUGAAACAGGUAUAUCGCGCGUUCAUUUUGAAACUAUUGAGAAACUUGAAAACUUAAAGAAAAAUCUGCACAAAAAAUGUUAGGAAAUGAUGAAUACCGUCUAUUUCAAAGCAUUUUUCGCCUUAUUUUCAAAAGCUCUUCAGCUCUAAAAAAAAUUCAAAUUGACGGGAAAAAGCAUUAAAAUUCAAAAUUCGAAUGUUUGGCCUCGAAAUGUUUAAUUCUGACUUUUAUACGUCCGUGAGAACCAUAAACGAAGGAAUUUCCCAAAGAUAUUCAAAUGGCUUCUCCCAAAAAUGUUUUUCGAACACAUAAAAAAUAGAAAUAGAAAGACCGUGAAAUUCAUGUGCAAAUCGUGAGAAAAAAAUACAGUAAAUAUUUUUUCCAUCUUGCUUUUUGAUAUUUGAUCCCUAAAAUAUCAGAAAAAAAGAUCUCCUUCAGAUUGGUUAAAUUUGCAAGAUUUGAAAAAUUCCAAAAAAACACAUCUUGGAGAAGAUUUAAUUGAAACUAUAAACAGGUAAAACAAAAACUUGAAAAAAUAUUAAAAAAUAAUCAAAUUCGAAAAGAUUCCGUAUGAUAAGAAAGCCGUCGUACGUUAAAAUGUGUUUUUGUGCAAGCACUCAGCCGCCGUACGGCUUAUUGAAUACAGUAACAAAAAAACUUUUUUUCGGUUCCUGCUUUUUUUGAAGUUCUUUUUUUUCUUUUUCUUAUUUAUUUUAUUUAUAUUACUCUAUAUUGAGGAACGCAACGUUCAUAAGUUUUUAUGUGAGCUUGAGUUAUUGGUUUUCCAUAUCUUGCGGAUACUGUUUCUUCGAUCUUUUGUUCUCUUAUUUCUGCAAAACCGCAUCUGAGCCGCGCCAAAGACCGGACAGAAAAAAAGACGCCGGUGCAAAAUCUGUUUCUCGAUUCUAAGAAAGAGAUGAUACUGUACAGCACGCGUGGGGCACACGUGCUCCUCGAAUGUUUCUUCUUACAAAAGGUUUUCCAUCAACCAAUUCGUUUUGCAAUCUCGCAGACAGAUCUGAUGGCAUUUCGCGCCGAUUGAUAAAAAGGUUUUAGCGAGAAAGGUUUUUGAGAAACAUCGGCCAGGACUUUGUACCGAGAAAUGUUAAAAGAAACACAUCAACGAUGAAGUUUAAAAAGCUUUUAAUCGAAAAAUAAAAAUAGAACUUGUCGGAGGAAUCAAAAGCUCAGAGGAGAAUAUGAAGUCGCAUUGCUUGAAUGGCGCUAGGUUUCUAAAAAAAGAAAUGACAGUUUUAUAAAUAUUAUCAAAAAAAGUUGUAGCACAAUUUUAUAUAAAUAUCUUCCUUUUUUUGAACUUCGGUGAAGUUUUCUAACCUCUAUGUUUGUGAGCUGUUUUUUUAUGAACCAAAAAGAAAGCUUUGAUAUUUUCAAAUUAUCUUAUUUCAAAAAAAUUUAAAUGGCCUAAAAAAGUACAUCGGGUCACGAUUUUUCUUCUUACGAGCUUUUUUCUGAAAUUCAUAGGCUCUUUCGUAAAAGUAAAAAUAUUCUGCCCACACCUGUUUGGACAUGUUUCGCGUUUAUUGUCGCUUAACGGAACAAAAAUAUUUAACCAUGUUAUUUUCCCAGGAAAAACCGUCCAGAAAAAUUCAAAAAAAGUUGUGUUCUGUUUAUGAUAACAUCUGGAAGAAAAAGUCAACUAGAAAUUUCUUUCAAAUAUUAUUGAGGUCCAUUUCUAUUCUUUUUAUGGGGUACAAGUUGUUGGCCUAAUUUUUCAGAAUCAUUGUUCAAUUUCUAGUGCAGGUCGAAUUUUUUUUUCUGCUAAAACGGGAUUUUUGUCAAUUCUGAGGCUCAAAUUUGGAAGCCAAUUUUUAAUGAAGCCUCGUUGUUAAAAUAAGUUCUGCACCUUUGGCGAUUUUUGUGUAGUUAUAAAUAGUAUUUUUGAAAGUUUAUUCAGUACGCAAAAUGACUAGAAAAUAACAUCUCGGAUAUUGGUAACGGAAACCGAACGCGCUCCGGACGUUUCUGAGCGAUUCUAGGGAUCCCUUAAGAGUUCUGACGCUACUAAAGUGGCCCCUAAAAUGUCCCGACACGUCCAGUUCGCUUUAUUGAGAUUUGCCUAAUAACUCUUUAAUUUAUUCAGGAUCCUAGAGGGUAAAACCUCUUUCUCCAUUUUUCAUCAGCAAUCAUUUUAAAAAAAUCCAAAAAAAUGUCUAAUUAACCGGUGUAUGAUGAAUUUUUUUCCUAAAGACUUUCUCUCUUAGAAACUUGAAAAUAUUUAGAAUUUUUUUGAACUUAAUUCAAAUUUUUUUUUCUCCAGAAAUUUUGAAAGGGCUUUCCUCGUCCGACCGUUUUUACGAGGUCAUAAAUUUGAACUGUUUUUUGCUCCUUCGCCAAAAUAUUCUCUGCCUUAUGUUCAUCCAUAACACUUUUAUUGUCUUGAGACGAAAGAUUGGAAAAAAAAUCCGUGUCCAUUUCCAAACCGCUGACCACAGUUUAAUCACCGUUUUGCCCAUAAAAGGAGACCAAAAGUGCAAGACGUUCGCAGGUGUUGCGCAAACAAACAAGGGCUCAAAACUCACAAAAAAAAACGCGCGUCGGCCGUUCAAAAUCGUUCUCUUCUCAUUCCUACCGUAUCUCGCGGAGAACCUUUCACCCGGUAUUAAUAGAAAGAUUACAACGACAAAGAUGUUUUCAAAAAAAGCGAUUCUUGGGAAAGACGAUGGCCCGAGAAACCGUCUUCUUUUUUAAUUGAUGGGAAAAUGGUUUGAUCUUUUUGAACUCUACGGGCUCAUCUGAAAUUUUGGGUUUUAAAUAUGGGAUCCGACGAAAAAAUUUUCGAUGUUAGAAAAAUCUAAUUUUCAAAGAAGCAGAAGGAAUAUUCAAAUUCACACAAGUAUUUUUCUGAACACAAAAAAAUAUAACUCAAGAGUUCCCAAUGAUUUCUGAAAAAAAUCCCGAAAAAUUAAUACCUAGAUUAUCACGUUUCAUCACCGACUUUUUUUUCAUCUUUUUUUGGAAAAAGUUUGAUUUUCAGUUAAAAAAAUUUUUUUUAUUGGUUUUAAAAAAAGAUGAUUGAUUUCAGAAAAACUAAAAAAGAAUCGGUUAUUUUUUUAGAUUUUUUUCCUCAUAAUCUGAAGUCUUUCUUGACUAAAUUUGACAAAUGUGAAAUUUUCAAAUCUUUAAAAAUUUCCGAAACGCUACACUUUCUCAAAAAACAAUUGAAAAAAUAAGAAAGUCCAAUUUUUUGUAACCUAAGUUUUGGCCUAAAAUUAUCCUUUCUUAUUCAUUAUUUUUUUCUAUGACGCGACGAAGAGCAAUUGAAAAAAAUUUUUCGCUAUUGUGAUCAGACUCGCGCAAUUUAAUUACUUCUCAAUUAACACGAUCAAUUAAAAAUUACAAGGUGGAAUUCUCAGUAAUAAUCAUUGAAAUCUAGGAGUUCAACUUUUUUUCUUUAAAAACUAUUCAUUACUAAAUGUAGUUGCUACUUUUUUCAAAUCAUCAAACUUUUUGGAUAACUUAAAAAUACCUUUUCUAAGUCGCUAUAAAACUUCCUACAAAAAUUAUUUUUUUUCAAUGAGUGAUUCAAACUAGCUGUUAAAAAAAUAUAAAAAAGAACAAAAAAACACUCUUGAAAUUUUAUGGUGUAUUGAGUCUUGAAGAAUCACGGAUUAUGAGUUGAAAGUUACACGAAAUUUUAUCACAAAUUCAGAACAGUUAAAAAAAAGUUUUUUUUUUCAAGAGGCCUAUUCGAUGAAGUUUUUCACGCUGGUUCUUUAUAAAUUUAACUAAGUAGGUCUAUGAGAAUAUUUAUGACAGCUCUAAGUUGAAAAAAAUAGUAUUAACAAAAAAACCUAUCAAAAAAAUUCACACUGUAUAGCGCCCAAAGAUUUUUUUGAAAAAAGUUUUGGCCAGUUUUCAGAAACGCCGUGAACUUCAUCUAUAGUCUGUGUGUCACGACUUGAAAUUUCACCGAACGACGUUCCGCUGCGUACGGUCGCGAAGCGUCUUUGCCUUUGCAGAUCUAGGUCACCCUUCCAGACUAUUUUUUAUUGCUGAUAGAUGGAUUGUUCCACUGCGAGUAUUUUAAUGAAAGAAAAAAUUGAAAGCGCGACCGAGAUUCGCAAAGGCGCCCGGUGGAAAAGCGGAAUGUCGUUCGGUAAAAUUUCAAGUCGUGGUACACAGACUAUAGGAGGCCUAGUCAUUGUGAACUGUGAUCCACGAUUAGAUUUUCUAGUUGCAGGUCCGGCAAAUCACAUCCUGCAUUAAUUUUUGUUUUUAGUAGAAAGAUGCCCUGAAGCCAAGCUUUUUUUUUCUGAAAAUACGGCGCCAUUUUGCGAAAUUUCUUGGCGUCUUCAGAAUCCUCAUCGUUCAAAAUUCAACGAGAAAGUUUCGUAAUUUAAAUGGUCUAGAUAAAGUUCCCUAAUAAACCCGAUUGAGUUUCGGAACGUUAUUUUUCAAAGUUUAGAAUCUAUAGUCAUUUUUAAUUUUAAAAAAUUAUAGCUCUAAAAAUCGAAAUUCGCACGACUUUGAAGAAUCUUACUCUGAGCGAUUUUCCGACGAAUUCUAAACUUAAAACUAAAACUACUCCAGAAGGCAGAUUUCUAUCCAGUUUUCCAAAAAUUUCUUAAAUUGCUGGCAGAAUAACCAUCGCAGUGCGGUAAUUUUUCUGGCACGAAACAGAGCUAUAUUUACAGCGCUUGUAAUUCAUAGAUUCAUUGAGACAUUAUUUAAUGAGAAUCUAUAGAAAAUUGCCAAACAAAUUUUCAACAUAUCCAUCUGUAUAGUCCAGUUUUUCCGACUUGACAGGAGAGAUGGGUAGAUUGGCAAGAGUGACGCGUUGCGUGCGCGCAAAUUUUAUUACGGAAAAAGGAGUCAAAUACAAGUUUUUUAUUGUUUUUAUACUUUUGUUCGUCCAUCUGAAUGUUUUAAAUUCCAUAAAAUAUAUGGAAAACUGACGAAAAAGAAGAAAAAAGGGCUUAUUUUUGACCUCGAGUUCCCCGGCCAAAAGCCGCGUCACACACGCAACGCGUCACCCUCUGUCAGCUCAUCUCGUUUUUCCAGUUUUCCAAGUAUGGACUAUAGUACGACUAGUAUAGACAACUGUCAUUUUUCCGGAAUGGUAUGAUAAUUCGAUAGCAAGCCGAGUAUACUGUAGCCUUUUUUCGAACGCACCAAGCCCCAUUUAUAUUCAAAUCGUCUAAUAAAAAGGUUCCCACCAGUAAAAACUGUGCAAACGUUAAGCGGCGUCGUCUUGGUCGGUCGGCGUGGGCGAGGAGGUGUGAGAAAAAAAAAGAGCCGCCGUCUGGGGCCUGGGGUACUUUUUUGAAAGGGCAGCGUCUGGCGUGUCUAGGAGGGACAAAAAAGGGGAAGGGAAGACGGUCUUCUCCCCUCUUCUCCACACCCGCUCCUUCUUACUGUUCCGUCGCGUCGAUACUUGCACUUUUAGAGCCAGCCUCUGCUCGUCUUCUUUUCUGUAGACAAGGGGCAGGGGUCGGGUGAAACAUGAAGAAUUUUUUGUGAAGAAUAAUUAUGGCAGAGAGACACCUAUAGGAGAAGCUAAGACCCCCAGAUCUUCAAAUAUUCUCGAACGGCCAAAGUAAAAGCUCAGAAGCUUUAAAAGGGUGGUCAUUUCACUUUGCGGUUGGGAUUUUCCUGAAAAUUGGCCAGAACACUUUUUUUAUGUACCAGAGAAAGAAUCUGAAACUUUCAACCUGCACAACUAGGGACCGUAGGCAGUUUUCUAGAAACCAUCAGAUUUAAAUGAUUUUCAUAUGACCGUGUACUUCAUAGUCCUGGCAACUUUUAAAAAAAGAGAUCUUGGAAAAAUAUUGUCUCUGAACGAAGUUACAGCCAUUAAAGCGCGCGUUUCGCGAUUUCAAUUCUCUGUAGAAAAUUUGGUCGAGGUCGCGAAAAAAGUGGGCGUUGCAAGGGUGCGGCGCGCUCUCAAAGACCAGUAAAAAAAAUUAGAGAAAAAGUUUCUUGUUAAUUUUUUUCGCACUAAAACACACUAAUGCUAGUUUUUCAUUAUUGGAAAUGAUAGAACAAUGUCCAAAGAUGAGGACCAGCAAAAAUAAACACUGAAAAAAAAUAAGUUGAACGAUUUUCAACGGCAAAAAAAGCAAAAUUAAUAUUUACGGAGUUUUCAAUGCUUUUGAUGUUCAAAACUGUUAAGAUAUCAUUAGGAAGCAUGGAUAAACGCAAAUUCUCCCUGAAACAAGAUUCGAUAUAGAAUUCGGAACCAAUAAAAGGUUGUGAAUCCAUAGAAACACGAAUAAAUUAAUUAUUAAUGACUUUUAUAACCAUUCUUGUAGCAAUACAGCACUUUUUAAUGCGCUCAACUCAUUAACAUCCACUUUUAUGUCUUAUUCAGGUGAAUUUCCCGACUUUGAACGUGUUUUCCAGUGGAAUCCGGAUAGUGGGAGUUUGGCGAGACUAAAAUAAUUUUUUUUGUUCUGGAAAAAGCAUGUGAAGUUCUAUUUUGUUUUCCGAAUUACAUUACUGAACGUUUUGACUCAUUUCAAAAAAAGUUUUUACGCUAUUUUUUUGCUUUGAAAAACAUCGCGAAUUCGGAAUUUUCGUGGGUCGGUGAAUGCACAAUUUCGCCAACGCGCAAAUGCAGGACGCUGUUUUUUUAUUGUUCGAAUGAAUCAAAUUUUUGAAAGCACAAGCAGGAUUUUUUUAUUUUUUUGACUAUGUUGAAGAAAAAAAGUAAUUCGAAUCAAAAAUAAGAAAAAAAUAAUUUGCCUACGGCUGCUAAAACACUUUUCCAAGUGUUUCAAAAAAAUCAAAAAAAUCAAAACUUAUUUUUUUAAAAAUUAAGAGUGGAAUGAAAGUUCUGUUUUUUAUUUUUUAAAUGUUCUAAAAUUUAUAGAGAACAGUUCAAAAAAAAUUUUUACGAUGUUUCGCGGAAAAUGCCAAAGUUCCCGAAUUUCGAAAGUUGCGAUUUUCCGACGCUUCGAUAUUUGAAAGCACAAGCAGGAGUCUUUUUAUUUUUACUUAUAUGGUGUAUUUUCACAUGCUUAACAAAAUAAGAAAAAAAAUAACUUGCCUACGAGCGGGAUUGUAAGUAUUCAACGUUUUUCCACUUUUUCGCACAAAGGCGUCGCGAAAAAACGUCAUUUUAACCGAUUCUUUUUUUAUUUACAGCUAUUUCUUCUAUGUAGAAUUGUAGAGCAUAGCCGAUUGUAUGUUUCCCUCAAUUUUUUCCCAAAACGGUUCAGGGAAACUGCAUAAACAACAAUGAAAUGUCAAAAAUGCAACGAAAUAUACGACGUUUUUUGGUCAGCGAGGGGGUGUGGCCUUGCGGUCCCUAUGCACAACUCUCUGGUUUUUGAGAAAUCAAAGCCUCAAAAUGGCCUAUUUUAACGAAUUUUAAUGAUUUCUUCGAGUUUAAGGAUUCCUUUCUCGAAAAAUAGGAAGUUGUGCAAGUUAUGGUUCUCAGGAUCUUCAUCUGGUACAUUGCAAAGUGUUUCGACCGAUUUUCAGAAAAUUCCCAACAGCAAAGUUACAUGACGUCCCUUGUUGGAUUCCCCCCUCUCCUUUAGAAAUAAAAUUUAACGACUUCCUAAUGAACUUUAGAAAAAAGACUGUCAAAAAGAUCUGAAACACAUAAAAAUUCAAAAGUUUGAACAAAAGCUGUCGCUAAUAAAUGAUUUGAAGAAUGUUGAGAAAAACUGUCAUGAUCUUCUGUUUAGAUAUCACAUUUCAAGCGGCUUAUUUUCACUCCACGAGAGAGAAAAAUUCCCUCGAAAGUUCGAAAUUUCCUAAAAAGCUGUUACCCUACACAAAUUCCUGAAUUUAAAGAAAUUUUAGAGCUGCAGGGAUUCUUAGAUUUGAUCAGCCUGUCUUUUUUUGAACUUCUCAAACAUUUUCUUAAGGAAAACUCGAAGAUAUAAUUUUUGAAAUCAACUGUUGCAACAUGAAAGUUAUUUUAAUAGAGCCACAGCUGUAUAUAUUUUCGAACCUCUUCAAAAAAAUUACUUUGGCUUGAAGGUAAUUUUGGCGUUUUUUUCGCUAGGAAGGAAAAAAAGCCUAAAAGCCUUGAGAAGGAUGGACGAGAUAUUUUAUCGUAAAAAAAUUCUCUAGAAUAAUCAAUUUCAAAAGACAAACCAAAAAAAGUAACUCGGAAGAAAUUCGAAAGAAAUCAAUAAAUUAAUUUGAACCAACUCACGGCGUUCCCAAACGGGGUGGGGAGAAGUCAAAAAAUUUUGGCGCGAAACUUGAAGUCUCAAGUACGCAGCCAAAUGUAUUCUUCAUGCCGUUGAAUACUCAGUGUAAUUUGCAACGAUAGGUAGCUGUGACGUCACAGUCCAUUUUAUCCGAAGCGCGCACUUACUUUUUUUGUAAAUUCAGCAACUUUGACGCCUCGCUCACCUACCCUCACCCCAUUAGGAAUGCCGUGCAACCACAAAAAAUGUGAAAAAAGGGGAGCCCCCAAAAGUGAUUUUUAUUGAACAAAAAAAUGAUGAGAAAGAAGAUGAUUCACACAAAAAGACGCCAAAAAGAGUGGGAAAGGACACCAUCGCUUUUUUUGGAAAGCGUAGAUUUUUACUAUUUCCCAUAUUUUUGAACUUGAAAUACAUUAUUCAUGGGGUUUUUCAGCUGAAGAAAAAGAACUGUUGAAGAAAAAGGUUAAAAAAAGAUGCACUUUUUCCUGUAUCAACAAAGUUUUGAAUAUCUCAUUACGUCUCGUUUUUACGACCUCUUCCGAUUAUGAGUUUUGUGCUUUGAACCCGCGAUUCUGGAAAAAUUCACGAAAACAAAGCGAUUUGAAAUGAAAAUGGGGUUUUUUUGGUGUCAAAUUUUAUGAGGAGAAAAAAAUUCUACAAAGUACAAAAAUAAUUUUUUUAUAUUUUUCAAAAUUUUCUACCUAAAAAUUUGCGGAGAAGAUCUAGAAGGAAUGAUUUGGCGCUACUGGAAAAAUUAAACAAUUUCGUUUAAAAAUUUAAUUUUUUUGUAGGUAUCAUUUUUUUCCGUUCUCGGGAACGCCAGAGAGCUCCCCAUAGAGGUUAGAGGUUAAAGCAGCCACUAAAAAAAGGACAAAGUAGUUUUUUUAAUGAAAUCUAAAAUUCAAGUGAUCCUUAUAGGGUUCUUUCAAAGAUUUGUUCAAUUUGAAAAAUUAAAAAAAUAUAAAAUUGAUGAUUUUUUUAUGAAAAAAACUUUUUUUCUCAUAAAGUUCAUAACAAUAAUCGAUACGGGCCACUAACUAAAACCCCUAUAGAAACCACUUUUGCAAGCUUUAGGGGUCCCUAGAGGGGAACCUUCAAGGGCCUCUAUAUGGACCACUCUGGAGUUCCUAAGUUAGGACUUCAAUUAAUCUUGUUUGUCUGCGCUCUCUUCUCUCUAACAACUUGAAGAAAAUGAAAUAAGGCUAUCUCAAGAAGCGAUGAAUGUACAUUCGAAACAUUGCGCAAGAAUGGCAUUUUAUGCUUUCUGUUAUAACUUCCGAAUCAAAGUUGUGUUUCCUGCAUUUUCGAACCCGUUGCACUUUGGAGAAGUACAAGUUGGACGCGGUCCAAGACGCUUUCCCCAGACAAGGCCCCUUUCUUCAUCCCUUUCCCAAUCCCCUGCAGAAACAAAGGAACCCAGCCCUCGAAUACCAUGUCUGGGCGUCUCCUUUCUUCGCAAACACACAACAGAUGCGCCUGCCGACGUAAACUUACCAGACAGAAUUCAAAAAAAGUACCCAAAGAUCGGAUUUCACGGUUUAUUUCGUAGCGCAAGGGGCGUCUGGCUCGCCGAUUUCACGGUGAUAAAAUGACAACUUUCGAGCACGGGCUGGCCCGUUUAUGACUUCGGAAAUGUUCAUUCGACCGGAAAUUAUGGGUUCUAGGGGAAUAACGUCUGUUGACAUACAGUACCUCCGAAAAGAACGAUCCAAAGAUCGUUUUCGAGCCGUUUUUAUGGCUUUUCCAUUCCAGUUCGAUGAUUUCACGUCUUCGAUUAAAGAUAUUUUAUUUCAAAUUCGAAAAAUUUCUGUUCAUUUCAACAUAGUUCUCGGGCGAAGUGGUGGAUAAUGGAAGGGAGAGGCUCAAAAAAGGUCGCAGAAAGGCUUCAGAAAGGCCGCGAAAAGGUCGCAAAAAGGUCGUAAAAAAGCCGCAGAAAGGCAGCAAAGAGGGUCCCUUUUUCCAGCCUCCCAUAUUUCCUGGAUUCUAAAAGCUCGAGAAAUGGUGGACAAAGGGAGAGGCAACAAAAAUGGUGCAUAAGGAACGAGAAAAUGCCGCGAAAAGGCGGAAAAAAAAGAACCUUCAUCACCCUAAAAGGAACAUUUCUAUGGAGCUUUUUUCCAUCCUUUCCAAAUUUGCCUAUGACUUUUUUUAAACUGUUCUGAAACAGUCUCUUUUUCCUUUAAAAAAUCAUUUUUGGGCUCGUUUUUUCUUCAUUCAUGGAGUUUUAAAAUGGAAACCAAGAACGUAAUUUUUGUCGAAAAAGAGUUUGAUUUGCAGAAAACUUGCCCUCUUCGGGCCGGCCCGUUUUGCUUGAGGCCUAGUUAAGAGCGGGCCUUUUCGGGCUCAGAAAAUAGCCGGGGGCUGACGGGCCGGCCCUGAUAAAUUCAAAAUGCUUCAUUUAUCCGUCGACGGUUUUGCCGACUUUGACCGGUCCAUUUUGAAUAAGUUCGAGAAUUUUUUUGAGCUUGACCUAAUAAAUUUAAAAAAAUUCAUAAAAUGACUCUUCUUGCUUGAUAUUAUACACAUUUAUUGGCCUCGAUCUAAAUAUUUCAUCUUUAAAGAAUCUGAAUGCAAUCUAAAAGAACGAUUUGCAGCACGAUGAAACGAUCUACUCGAUGUUCACGGCGUUCGGAAUCGAGGACCUUUGUGCCCCAGGCGCCGGAGAAUGGCCGGCUUUCGCCGCCGCCACACUCGUCGAGCUUUUCCUGGACCGAAAUAACGACCCUUAUUUCCAGGUUUUUUCUUAACUAGCCCGUUUUUUGGCGUAAUGCGUCUUAGGAAACUUUGCAGAGUCUCACUUUAGGACCUCUUGAGUCCGAAAAAAAAGUUUUGCAAUGUGUUUUGCUUUAAGCUUUAAGUUUUCAUGAAGAUCCAAAUUACGCAAACUACACAGAUUUUGCAUCACAGCAUUCUUCAGUAUGUAAAGCUUAAGCUAGAACUGUUUGAGGUUGAAAUUUUUUUUUGAAAUUAUUGCGACUCGAGCCAUCCUAAGUGAGCUUUCAACUUGCCCGUGUAUUAUCUGGAGCAAAAGCUUUUUUGAAGAUUUUGGUGUUUCAACUGGAAAAAAAGGCCUAAAAAAGGUGAUCUGGUAUCAAUUUAGCGAAACUCAAAUAAAAAUUUCAACCGGCUACAGAAAAUUUCUUCUCGGGCUAGUCGGUAUGGUGGAUAAUAGCCGUUAAAGGCUCAAAAAUAGCCGCAGAAAGGUAGCAAAAAAGUACCAAAAAGGCAGCAAAGAGAGAAAUGGUGAAAAAAAAGAGGAAGCAAAAAUGGUGAAUGACAAAUAUAUGUAGUUAAUUUGUUUGACUGAAUUUCAGAUCCUCUACCGGGCCAACUCGACGACCGAUUUCCAAGCGAUGACUCCAUUAAUAGCCGCGUGCGGUGGAGCAACCUAUUGCCCAUUGAACGUCUUCAAAGAGGCCGCCGAGUUCUACAAAACCGACAUGGAAAUUCACGCGGUGAGGCCAUUUGUAUUCAUAAAACGGUACCGUUUUUCUAUGGCCCGUGAGAAGAAAUGGAACUCAGAAAAGUCGGCGUUUUUGAAGACUUCGAAAAAAAAUUAUUCUAUUUCAGUACUGCCAAGUCCUGCCAUCCCAAUCUUCGUCGACCAUUUCAGGUUGAAAAAUCUUUUUCUUUUUUUGAGAAAAAAAUUUUAUUUUUCAGUGCUGAUCGCAACCUUCUUCUCGUUUGUAGUUUUCCUUCGCUUGUUAUAA